CUGGAAACCUUCCUGACUCCUGUCAGACACACACAACAGAACAGAGUAGCUCAGAGAGCGAAAACGAGAGCGAGCGAGAGGUGUACAGCCCCUCUCAAUCUGUCAUAUAAUCUGAGUAGGCUGAGAUGAGGGUAGAUUGGACUAACUGGCUCAAACAGAUAAGGGGCUCUCCCUCUCCUUCCAGAGCGCCAUUGAUGCCGUGAUGGACAUGAGGCAAGCCUACCAAGAUCUGGGGAAGGGUAGCAGUCAAGGUUCGUCUCUACCCAGUCUGUGGUUCAGAGCCAGACACUUAGACAAACUGGAUCCUACACCGGGGCUAUUGAAGACCACAGGAAGCUCAUCCUGCCUGCCUGUUCCCCCCAGGCUCAGAUGUGAGGCUGUGGCCCCCAGCCCGGUGGCCCCUCACCCAGCCCAGCUGAGCCAAUCUGCCCCCGGUCUAUUGGAACCUCUCCUGGACUCCAGCUCUCUGGUCCAGGCCCGAGUUCACAUCCAGAACAGGCUUGGGUGUGGUGAAACGGAGAAAAAAAGCAGUGGUCGAAAGGGCUCCUUCCCUUCCCUGCUUCCAGGCCCCAUCAGGACCCCCAAGCUGUUAGCCCCUCUGGAGGGGAGGCAUAGAAACGGAGGAGUGCUGCCCGGCCUGAAGCACCCUUCUCCCCUAAAGCCCAUCAGCCUCGUGCCCCUGAUGCCCCUGACCUCCAUGUCCUCCAUGACCUCCAGGCUGAGGAAGGAGAGGCUGGCCAGGACCAGGGUGAGCCCCAGAGGGUCCCCAGGCACCAGGGGGGGCAGCGAGGAGAGCAGCUUCAGUAGCCAAUCCUCCAUCGACUUGGAGGUAGAGGUGGAUGACAAUAGAGACAUACGAGAGACUACAGCAAAACAACACGCUGGAGAGACUUUUGAGGGAAGGUUGCAGUUGGAUCUAGACUCAUCUGGAAAGUUUAAUGUUGGAGAUUACAGUGAGGAUAAUGCAAACCAUAUGAAUAGGGAGUCGACAAGACAUCAGGGUGCCUUUUCUAGGGAUAACAAGGAAGGAGUAUCUAUCAAAUCUGACCCUGGAGGGAGAGGGUACAAAGCAAUGAUUGAGUUGAGGCACCAACUUAACCCCGAUUUGACAAAUUUCAAAGAUGUUAACAGCACUUCAUGCUUUGAGAGGGACUGUGAGGGUGAGGUUGUGGCAGUGGAAUGGACAAAGGUGAUGUGCUCAGGGGGUCUCUCAAAAGAGACCACAAGUACUGAGCCAACUACCACAUGCCCCUUUGCAUCUAAAAGAAAUGGAAACAAAGAUAUUCAAGUUGAUGACAAUGCAAAGACUAGUGUUGUGGAUAACACCAAGUAUCAAUGUCUUCCUUCUACUGUGAAUGUCACACUACCUGAAUUAAACCCUCCUACAGAGAAAAAGAUCAAACCUAUCAAGCCUGCCAAGAACAAAGAGAGAAGAGGCAGCACUAGUGUCCAAACCAAUCAGUCUUUCAACGUCUUGGCACACAAAGAUCACAUUCGGGGGAACAGCAAGUCCAAAAGCAACCUGAGGACUUCACCCAUUCCUUCACAAGUCAAAGGCAAAGUCAGAAAACCUCCUGAUCUCAUCGUCAGUGGGAUAAUCUCUACAAAGACUGGUCAGAAAAGCACAGACUCAACCUCUGUCAGAACGAGGGUUACAGAGCCCGUACAUCCAAGCUGCAAAAGGCUGAACAACGACAAAAAGGCACUUAAAAUAAAAAUCCCUUGUCAGAAACAUAUUCAGCAGAGGGAACCGAAAAGUGCCAGACAAGCCAAGACUGGGUCACAACCGGGGACCCCGAGGGCCAAGUCAGCCGUGGACUACAUCACGUAUAGUGAUAUCUUCCAGGAAAUCAACACCAGGGAUGAGGAGGGACCAGUCAUCUAUGAGAUGUUUGCCGGCCCGGUGUUUGACAACAUAAGAGUUUCCAGUUCAUGUGAGAGGACCAGGCAGGUCCUGUCUGCCCCAUCUAGGAAGACCCAAACCCACAGGACCAAACACAAAUGCCCUAAACCACUGGAGAGCAGAAGAGUGAGGCGAAGCCCAGUGGACAAGGCCAAACAGAGGAAGAACAGGGCUAUUAGGCCUAUAUCCAGGGGAAAGUCGCAUCUGAUGCCUAUCGCCAUCACGGAUGACAAAGACGACGUGGUGGUUAUUUCUGGGCUCGACUGGCAAAUCCACAUCCAGACUAAGACUGAGCUGGUCCUCGGUAAAGAUGGAGAAGAGACCCUCUCUCCCAGCAUACCAGAGUUUCAGGAGCUGGACCAUAUGUUGUCACUGUCAGUGAUAGAAGAAGUGCUGUCUAUGUCCAGCCAUGCGCCAAACCCACUAAUCUCUCACCACCAGCUGAGAGACAAAACCUCUCCCAGUCAGACAAAGACUAAACUCACAUCUCAUUCGGACCCAGAUGAUGAUCACCUCCAUGUGCUGCACAAUAGGGGACCCAUGGGGAACAACAUGUCAGAAAAUGAGAAAAACAAGGCAAAUCACUUUGACCAUUCAUCCACCCCAUCCGAUUGCCCAGUGCAGCCUAAGAUCAACACCUGGACCUCGGGUAGCUGUGACAGCAGGACAGUGUCCCCUGUGUUCCAGAAGUUUCUGGAUGACGUGGGGGAGGGACCACUGACCGAUGACCUGCUCCGUUGUCUGGCAGAAGAGCUGAUAUCACUGGAUGAGAGAGAUGGUGUAUGUCCAGAAAACAACUAUGACUCAGACCAGAGGGAAUUUAGAAACGAUUCUGAGCUGAGAUGUGAGAAGUCAUUACUGGGGGAUUUUACAUCACCUGGAGAAGUGCUCAGUGGGUCUGGGUUGGUAGUGGAUGAUGCCAUCACCUGGAGGAAAGGAGAAGUGCUGGGCAGAGGAGCUUAUGGAACUGUGUUCUGUGGACUGACCAGCCAUGGCCAGCUGAUAGCCGUAAAACAGGUGGCCCUGGACGCCUCAGACCUCGAAACCGCAGACAAGGAGUACAACCGCCUACAGGAGGAAGUAGACCUCUUAAAGAACCUCCAUCACGGCAACAUUGUGGGAUUUCUGGGCACCUCUCUGCGGGACCACAUAGUCAGCAUCUUCAUGGAGUAUGUCCCCGGAGGCUCCAUCGCCAGCGUGCUCCACCGCUUUGGUCCCCUUCCGGAGCGCGUCCUGGCCCUGUACACCCGUCAGAUCCUGGAGGGGGUGUCCUACCUGCACCUCAACAGGGUCAUCCACAGGGACCUGAAGGGGAACAAUGUGAUGUUGAUGCCUACGGGAGUAGUCAAGUUGAUAGACUUCGGCUGCGCCCGCCGUUUGAGUUGCCUCAGUCACACACACAGUCAUAGUGACCUCCUGAAAUCGGUGCACGGCACGCCCUAUUGGAUGGCGCCAGAGGUAAUCAACGAGACGGGUCACGGCAGGAAGUCGGACAUCUGGAGCGUGGGGUGCACAGUGUUUGAAAUGGCCACGGGGAAGCCGCCGCUGUCACACAUGGACAAGAUGGCAGCGCUGUUCUACAUCGGGGCGAGGCGAGGCCUGAUGCCCUCGCUGCCUGACAGGUUCUCAGAGGACGCCAGGGAUUUUGUUCAAGUCUGUCUGACCAAUGACCAGAAACAGCGCCCGUCUGCAGAACAACUAUUGGACCACCCGUUCAUUCCUAACAAUGUGAUCUUAGUUUAGGACCUACACUCAAAGCUGUUAGGAAAUAGCGCCAGAAGUGCCAAUCAGGAACACCUAUCAAUCAUUUUAUAACAAGUCCAAAUUGUAUAUUUAAAUUCACUUUCAAAUGUAUUGCUUGAAACUUAGAUACUUUCCCUAGACUAUUACACAAAUAAUUCCUUGAAUAUUUGGGGCACCUUUGAUACAAAGAGCAUUUGUCAAACAUAUUGCAUCCAUACUUUUCAUAUAGCAUACAGUAAAUACCAAUCAUACAACAUAGGUCAUGUUUUAAGGUAGUGGUAACCGUAAGAUUUAUUUGUAGAACAAAAAAAACAAAAAUGGAUGUCAAGGUUUGCAUUUGCCUUCUUGUUGAGACCAAACCACUGUAAUAAUGUCUGUGCCCAAGAGUAUAAUCACUAUCAUUACUGGGGAAAUAUACCAUCUUGGCCUCAAUACAAACUGUCUGCACACUGAAAUAAAGGACUAACCAGUCAAAGAACAGUUAC